UGGAAAUGCUGUAACGGUGGUGGCGCACGUGGCAUUACGUUCACUGUUCGAGGCGAAGCCAAUCAGAUGCAUCGAUCAGUGACAUUCUAUCUGUAGUGCAUUUCGGACAGUCGCGGUGCUUGCGGCAGUUUGGGAACACCGCGGUAGUUCCAAGAGUUGGGGUCUUCAUGGAGGUCAUUCGUGCAACGAAAGAGGCCGACCAGCAAGAAACAAUUGAACCAUUCCGAGCGGCCAACCAAAGUGGUCGGGUUGACGGUGGUCGGAGCUCCCGCAAGAAACGGCUCUGGGCAUUGGUCAUCGUCGCGUUGAUUAUGACUUUUGCAGCGUCUGUAAUCGCAGUGAUCCUUACUUCAAGGCCCAAGACGCAGAUGCUGAUCAAGUCAUCGGAUGGCUACUGUUGCCUACCGCUCCUACAGCGCCUUUCUAGCUACAUAAAUGCAUCGUAUGAUCCCUGCAAAGACUUCUACCUUUACGCGUGUGGCGGUAUGUGGAAUGACAAUGGAACGCAAUUCCUGAGAAACAUCACAGAUCAGCUUGUGUCCCUCACUCUGCAGGGGAAGUUCCGCAAUCCAGCGAGCCAGGCACUAGCUCGACUUCACGAAGGAUGCCUUUCUUCGAUAUUAAGAUAUGUGGGAGAUGUGGUACGAGAUUCCGUCCUCGCUGCCCAGGAGAUCCUGAGUGUGCCAGUACAUCAGCCCCGUGCAGCGGUAUUAUUGCAUCGAAUAAUAUGGAUGAGCGCCGAAUACAUGAUCUCUCCUGUCGUGGAAGUUACCUACAAACCUGAGUAUAAUCAAACGUCGCCGAAAAUACAAAUCCGAUCUUCUCUGUCCAAACUCGUCACCCUUUAUGAAACCAUCCACGAAGACGACUUCGCAAUAGCACUUUCACUUUUGAACACCGAGUACCAUAGAUACGGGUAUGUUAAGAUAAACGAUAUUCGAAAUCUCAUGCAGUUAGUUAUGGGCUCUCAGAAAGGAGAGAGCCGUGAACAUUACCAUGUGCGAGCGUCAGCAGAAGCAGACGAAGAAAAGCCUGAAGCGUUUGCCGUUCUUCGGAAGGAUAGCCGCAUCAUGGUGCUUGAAAAGUCAAUUCCUAGCAUGUCGAGCGAGCUGUGGGUGAAAGUGUUCGAGUGGCUGGGUUUCUGGACUGACGAUGUUCAAUUAGACAUCGCGGGCGGCGAAGAAGUAGGGAAAGUGUUGAGCACUUUUCUUAAACGUGAGCACUGGAGAACAUCGCUCGCGCUGUACACCAUUCUCUUAGCAGCCUCUUUCCAAGAAUUCUUGUGGGCAGCGACGCGAGGCACAGAAGGUACGAGUAAAGAAAACUACUGCCGUAACUUCAUCAUGGAACUCAGUUCUCUUUGGGAGGUCGCACUGACGCACCUCUUUGCAAGCGCCGAAAAAUCUGCAGUCGUUCAGUCCAUUUACUCUGCCGUUCACGACGCUGUUAAAGAGGAAGCGUCUGCGAUAAUACAUGAAUCUGAAGUUCCUCGUCUUUCUUCCGUUGUAAACGAGUACAAGUUUCAAGUGCCUUCAGACAGGACACCUCGUCAUGUUCUUUACCUUCUCCACUCGAAAAACCAUUGGAAUCAAACCCUGCUUAUAAGGCAUUUUAUCAGCAGGUAUUAUCGGUACAUAACGCAGUAUGGCUACCCUGUAUCCUACACAGGUUUGCGCAGCGUCUUCGACACAGACGUCCAAAGCGAAGGGGAGUUCAUUUAUGUUCCACCAGCUGCCUUUGACCAUCUAGUGUACGGUGAGAAAAUAGAGCCAGCCGUUAACAUUCCUGUUGUCGGACCCCGCAUAGCUGAUUUCCUCUGGAGAGUCAUCUUAGACUACGGUUGGGAUACAUUUACAUCUUUUCGCUUGCGGAAACUUCAUGCGUGCAUUCGUGGAAACUACUCGUCCACGAUGUCGUCCUUUUUCACGUUCCCGUGGCUGAGUCUACGUUCCUGUGCCAGGGCAUCCAUGGGCGUAGACUGGCACACCAAAAUAAAUGGAUUGCAGGCGUGGACGCCAACAAGAAGCCAAGUGUUCUACCUAAGGUUUUUCAUGGAGCAUGUGUGUCUGCGGGUAGUACAGGGUUCUAUGAAUGCAACCGACGCCAAUUUGGCGUCGCAAUUCAUGGCUAAGCAUGUUGGUUUUCGUGAUGCAUUUCGUUGUGGGCCUCUCAACGACAAUUACUUGGACGAUUGCUUAUUGAAGAACAUAACAACCUUGAAUGAAUAAAAUGAAGAUAGUGACAGCAUGGAAGCUGGCUGGUGUGACCGUGACGACGGUAUAUACAAUCUCUUUGAGUUUCAGGAGUACAAAACCAGGACAGAUUGGACGAAGAAACAGCGCGACGUCGUCGACGGACAGUACGUAUGGUCCUCUCCUUUGCUGUUUCCCAUUCGUCCAAUAUGUCCUUCGUCAAACUAGAUGCUAGGAGAUGCUAUCGUCGUCGAAAUAAAUCUUUAUAU